AUCUACCUAAACAAAAAAAGAUGACUUUAAAGGAAAAGAUGACUGCAACAGAAACAUGCGUCGUCAUCUUCACUUCCACAAAACUCUCCAAGCAACCAUUUUUGAGGUAAAGUGAUGAGUAAAAGACCAACAGAAAGUUCAAAUUUUUUUUUUUCUCAAUAAAUUAAAAGUUUUAAUUUUUUUGAGGUAAAAGGAUAAAAUUCAGUUAAUAAUCUAGAGAAUUUCAGUUCCAUAACUAUAAAGGAAACUUCCCAGGCGUUAAAAGCAACUUUUUGAAUACUUUAUGGCACCAGAUGGUAACUGAAACUCCAAACCUAGAAUACCGGGGAAUGGUUGCUUCUAUUUUCCCUUCUUUCAACUUGCAAGGCAUCAUUAACCAAAGUGCACUCUUAUCUUAUCUAACUUCAGUUAUAAAUAUACCCUCAAAACAAUAAACAUUCCAACACAAAUUUGAGAAGAUUAAAAGGAAAUAUCAACAACGGACUUCAAGGCUAUGGAGAUUAAGGUGGAAAAUGAGACACCUCGGAAUCUUGACCAAGAGAAAGCUCCCCUGCUUGAAAAAUCGGAACUGCCUGAAGUGAAGAAAAACUUGAUACAACAGGCAAUAAGCCAGACAUUUAAAAGCACUGCCCACCUUGCUAAUCUUCUGCCUACUGGGUCUGUUCUUGCUUUUCAAUUUUUAUCACCCAUAUUUACAAACCAAGGGGAGUGUGAUGCGGUUGGCCGGUCCAUGACUGCUGCUCUCGUAGCACUCUGUGGACUGUCAUGUUUCCUAUUGAGCUUCACUGAUAGUUUCAAGGAUCAAAAAGGAAAUGUUUGCUAUGGGUUCGCCACAGUCCGCGGCUUGUGGAUAAUUGAUGGAUCAGCGACUCUCCCACCAGAAGUUGCAGCAAAGUACAAGCUGAAAUUUAUAGAUUUCAUGCAUGCCAUCAUGUCAAUAUUGGUUUUUGCAGCUGUUGCAUUGUUUGAUCAGAAUGUUGUAAAUUGUUUCUACCCCACACCAUCAUAUCAAACACAGGAACUGCUUGCAGCUCUGCCAGUUGCGAUUGGGGUCAUCUGCUGUAUGUUGUUUGUGGCGUUUCCUACGGAACGUCAUGGCAUUGGCUUCCCCCUCACUGCUAACUAAUAUGUUUGUUCUCAGAGACUUGUAGCAUGUGUAUCCUCAUCUUCAUUUUACAUUCAGAGUGGAUUCAUGCUUUGUAUUGAUCUUUCCAUUCAUGUAACAAUGUAACCAUUUUCAUUGCCUUUGACUUAACUUGCCAGAUCAAGCUGUAAAUGAUUUACCAGCAAAUGUACAAAUAAGAAUGCUUGUUUUGGCU